AUGAGAAAAACACAAAUUUCUUUCAACGAAGAAUUAAAUGUUGCUGAAGCGCCGUUUUGGGAUCGAAAAUCAAAGCAAAAAUGGUGCACCUUGUCAGCUGAGCAAAAGCUAGAAAUCCGACUCGAAUUGAACUACUACAAACUCUCCGAAAUGAAAGUUCACCCUCACAGUCUUCACAACAACCAGUAUUACAUGUUUCUUCCCGGGACGCUUGAGAAAAUGAUGAAGAAGCGGAAAAACGCGAAGCUAUUAAAAGCGCUGUCCAUGUGA